AUGUCUCCAACCUCUACAAAUACGGCUGCCGCCGAGGCCAAGACGGGCGCAUCGACGCCCUUCUUGAACACUAUGCCUUCCUCGAACUUUAGCUGGCAAAUCACUUUAGCCGAAAAGGUCAUUGCCAUCACAGGCGCCAACCGAGGCAUUGGCCUAGGCAUCGCCGAAGUAUGUCUCGCCAACUCCGCCACAUUCGUCUACUCGCUCGACCUGAUGGAGCCGGGCGAGGACACCAUUGCUCUGCAGACUCGCUUCCCGAAUUUUCGAUAUAUCCAUACAGAUGUCACCUCAGAGGAGAGUAUCGAGAAGGCAAUCAACCAGAUCGUGGAGGAGAGUGGAAGGAUUGACGGUCUAGUUGCCAAUGCGGGUAUGACCAAACAUCAACCCGCGCUUAAAUUUGAGCGCCCCGAGUUGGAGCGCAUGUUCAACCUUAAUGUUUUCGGUGCAUAUUUCUGCGCGCAGAUCGUCGCUCGGAAGUUCAUGGAGCUUGGUAUCAAGGGGUCAAUUGUUAUGACUGCCAGCAUGACAUCUUAUCGUCCCAAUCGGGCUGCCCCUUCCGCGCCUUAUGGAGCUACAAAAGCCGCAGUCCGGAACAUGUGCCACACCUUGGCGAUGGAGUGGAGCAAAUACGGUAUCCGCGUGAACAGUAUCUCUCCGGGGUUUGUCCGCACCGCGAUGACAUACUACAUUGAGAACUCCCCUGACUGGGAUGCGAAAAUGGAAAACUACGGUGGUAUGCCUCGUUUGGCCGAUCCACGGGAAUUGGGGGGUGCUUACGUGUAUCUGCUGAGCGAUAGCAGUUCAUACACGACUGGCAUUGAUAUUCCCAUUGCUGGCAUCGUUGGUGCUUGGUAG